GGCAAAUUACAGAGUACCUGAUAUAACGCAGUUUCUAAGAAACACCGAGCAGGACGAUAACACAUCUGUGCACACGGUCAAGCGAAUUGAAGAGAGGUUUCACGACCACCCGGGUGAAAUCAAAUACUGCUGAACUUUCCUGACAUUUCUGGCGCUCUUGAUGUGACCACAAACUCCAGCACAUCACAGGAGCUUUGAAGCUUCCAGCAGUGUGUGUGUGUGUGUGUUGGGGGAUGGAGGGAUUUAACAUCCCAUGGAGAUAUAAAAGCCUCCAAAAACUGGACACCGGCUCUUUCCUCGCUGAAACAAGAACAUUUGAGCUCCAGGCUACGACCGAUGAACUCUUGAGACGUUUUUCAGGGCGCGAGUCUAAUGUGGCCGCGGCCGUGAUGGACGUGUACUGCAGUAAUAACGUUCUUCAGGCCAGGAGAGCCGUGGAGCAGCUCAGACUAGAGACAGAGCUGCAGAGAAUCAAGAUUUCGGCUGCCGCGGAGCAGCUUGUUCAGUACUGUCAGGAGCACAGGAGAGCCGACCCGCUGCUGACCGGGAUCAACGCCUCCUCCAACCCCUUCAAAGACAAGAAGACCUGUGUGCUGCUCUGAACCGGGUCCGCAGCGGCGCCGAGAACCACACGCAUUCAAUUAUCAAAAAGUGCAUUUAUAAAGCUUGGGAGUCACAGAACAACACGGCAGCGCGGUCGGCAAAAACUAUAAAUAAUCCAUAAAUAAAAACAAUUCGUUCCGAUUAGGAUAUCUAGUGGUUUGCUCUCCUGUGAAGGGCACGCAUUUUAAAGCACUGCGCCUCGUUUGUAAACGGUAUGCUCAUCCAACUUAAAUCACGCUUUUAUAAUAACUGAUCUCUUAGUGUACUAUACAGAGUGAUAAAUAUUGAAAACUUGCUCUGCUGUUUGUACUAUUAUACUGCAUGUGCUUCAGAUUUCAGUAUAUUAUCAGCAUCGGUUGUGUCGAAAUGAUCACAUAAAUCACAAAAGGUGUGACGAGGCACUGAAAUGUUUUGCACACGUAGUGCGAAGAAAGACGGAAAACUAGGAAUGUGAUAUUUUUGUUUCUAGACUCAAUGAAACUUUCAGACGUUUUCAGACCCUCAGCAUCUCGGGCCUCCAGACUUCCACGUUCAUGUCACCGGAGGCGAUGGCCAGCGUUCCUCCUUCAACACUUAACUGAGGAGAGAAAAAUCGUUUAUUUAUGGUUUUAUUAGAGUUAUUGUGGUAUCAUCCAGCAAAAGUAUUUUUGAGACAUGCAGUAAUGGCUUCGAAUGUGGCUUAUCCAGUCGGACUUGUAAUACAUUUGCGUGCUGUUGAGUCUUUUAUUUUCAAUUCAAGCUCUUUUUGCACUGAUUCCAGACAAUUCAUGUGUUUUGAACGAUCACAGGUUUUUGGUUUGCAUCUAUUAUAUUCCAAAUAAAAACAGUAUGAAAUGAGA